UACAGCAAUUCCCUGCACAAUGGCCAACGAGACUUCAUCAGUGAAGGACAUUUAUUCAGCCUACAAUCCGCCGAUACUUAUUUUAACAUUUAUCUUUGGAUUCAUUGGAAAUGUGAUUGCCUUGUGGAUCUUCUGUUUUCAUGUUAGAUCCUGGAGACCAAACACCGUCUAUUCUCUGAGCCUGGCGAUUGCCGACACUCUGCUAAUCUGCUGCCUGCCAUUUCGAGCCGAUUACUACAUACGCGGGAAGAAGUGGAUAUUUGGUGAUGUUGCGUGCCGUCUGAAGAUAUUCCUGAUAUUUCUGAACCGGACAGAGAGCGUUGUUUUCCUUACAGUUAUGGCACUUGAUCGCUAUUUCAAAGUGAUCCAUCCUCACCAUAAAGUGAACAAGAUCUCUACAAGGACUGCAGUGAAGGUAUCAAUUGUUCUCUGGCUUCUAACAAUAUUGAUGUGUGUUCACAUUCUGGUAGAACCUCGUACCUUCAUACAUAACAACGUAACUAACUGUGAGCCAUUUAACAGAAUAGAUCCUCUCAGCGCCACAGCAUUUUGGACUAAUAUUAUUUUCAUUGUUUUCAAGUUUAUUUUACCGGCUUCAGUGAUCCUGUUCUCCACGUGCUCUAUUACCUGGAGGCUAAAGCAGAUGAAAUCUGAAAUGAGGGUUAAAUAUGAACGAGCGAUGAAGCUCGUGGUAGCUGUGGCGGCAGUGUUCCUCAUCUGCUUCCUACCCACCAAUAUCGCUGUAAUCGCCGUUUUAAUUUCAAGCUCUUUAAAUGACAUCAAAUUAUUUGACGUCUGUGUUCAGAUGUUCUACAAUACGCUGUGCAUAACCUAUUUGAACAGUGUGCUGGACCCAGUUAUUUACUACUUCUCAAGUUCAACGUUUAAAGAAACUUUGAACCAAGCUCUUAUUUCUCGCAAUAGCAGAUUAUUCAGACCAGGAAGAAAGCAUUCGCUGUAUCCAGCGCAAGAAAUGCAACAAGACGUAGAACCGCAAAGAUCUUCAGUGUGCAACACUUUUGAUCACUUACGAACGGAAUUAUCGGAGAAUUUGUGAAGCUCUGCCAUUUAUCUCAACCUUUAUCUCGCUUUAAACCUUUAAACCUCGCUUUAUCUCAACCUGCUCUUGGAAGGACUGCCACACUUGAAAUACUUUUUUUUAAAAGUCAUGAGGUCUAACUUUAGAACGAUUGCGCUGAAAUCAUUGAACCACAUUUUAAAAUGCAAAAGACUGCUACCAAAAAAUUAAACUUAAGAUUCGCACAUUGAAAACAACUGGUAUCGGCGGUAAUAAAUUGGACUUCUUUCAUGUGUGUGCGCGUCAGUAGUCAUUCACAGGAAGUCACAGUCGAGAAAAUCUGCAGUUGCUGGAAAUCCGAACAACGCAGACAAAAUGUACUUUUUUCAAUAGAUCCACCAAGCCUGCUGAGUUCCUGAGUGCGUGCUAUUCACAGGAAGUCACCACGAUGGCUUAUUAAAGAGGGUUAUGCUGGACAAAUAGUGUUUAAAUAAUCAAACAGAAAUAAUUAUAUAUUUCCCAACUGCCUCUUGAAGCAAUCAGAAAAAAUGAAGAACUAGUUAUAGUAGAGGACCAAUGUAAUUUACAACAGGAAAGAGGUGCUACAAAAACUGAUAAAAAUCUAGUGAAAAGCUUUUCCUGUUCGGUUUGCUCAAAGUUAGUUUUAUUGAAAUUGCAUAAUUACUUAUAAUGAGAACAUAAAUCUUUCAAGCUGUCCAGAUAAACAUCAGUUUCACCUUAGAUAAGUGGUUGAUUUAUACAUGACUUUGACAUCCUUUAUUUUUAGUUUUGCAUGUUUACUGAUCUGUAAGAUCUCCAUUCUCGCAAUCGCUAAAUUUCUACUGCAGUUUUGAAGCAGGAACGAAUAAGUACACUGGUUUAGUUCAGCAUGGCUAUAAAUGCUAUUUAUACAACCAGUGAAAAUAGAAAAUAAUUAUGAUAAAAGUUCUUUGUUUAAUUCUACAGCAAAUUAUGGAAGUUCUGUGGAAUGAUUAACAUUUUGCAUC